UUGUUGCAGCUGCACGCGCAUCAUCGAGAGAGUCCACCCGAACCGCUUCAGCUUCUCCUUUGGGAUUUCCCGCGGGGAGUGAUGAACUCCAUCGACCCUCAGUCCCAUCACCAGCACCAGCACCACACCUCCCCUACCGUCGGCUCUCUUCCACAUAAAGGCGCCCAGGAGUCCCCGGACAUGGCAGCUGCGGUCUACUGCGACAACUUCAGCAGCGUGUACCACCAGCAGAGCCUCCAGGGCGCUCAGCGACCCGCCGGCUACGGCCUCGGGGACUACGCCUCCUCCCCGAACCCGUACCUGUGGCUCAAUGGGCCGGGCGUGAACUCCUCCGCGUCCUACCUGCACGGCAACAACCCGACGCCGUUCAUCCCGCCCUCCUACGGCUCGCAGCGGCAGUUCCUCGCCAACUCACCUGGGUUCGGAGGGCCCGACCUGGGCUGGCUGUCCAUCGCCAGCCAGGAGGAGCUGCUGAAGCUGGUCCGGCCGCCAUACUCCUACUCCGCUCUCAUCGCUAUGGCUAUCCAGAACGCGCACGAAAAGAAGCUGACCCUGAGUCAGAUUUACCAGUACGUGGCUGACAAUUUCCCUUUUUAUAAGAAGAGCAAAGCCGGCUGGCAGAACUCCAUCCGGCACAAUCUGUCUCUGAACGACUGCUUCAAAAAAGUCCCGAGGGACGAGGAUGACCCAGGAAAAGGAAACUACUGGACGUUGGACCCCAACUGCGAAAAGAUGUUUGACAACGGAAACUUCCGGCGGAAAAGGAAACGACGGUCAGACCCGAGCCUUUCCGGGGGAGCUGCUGCGGCCGCAGCCACGAAGCUGGAGGACAGCCGGCCGACGGCGGCGGGCCCCAUGAAGGCCUCGGACAGCCCCCAGCUCCUGGGGCCUUCCUCCCCGGAAAUGGAAGCCAUGAACGAAAACCACAAGAGCUCGUCGUCGUCACCAGCAGGGCUGGCCGCCGCCGCUCCGUGUUUCAAUAACUUUUACAGCAACAUGUCGGCGCUCGGCUCGGGGGCCCCCGGCCGACAGGGGUCCCUCGGACUGGUGAACGAGCUGUCGAACAGGAACAUAACGGCUCUGAGCCCGUACCACCCCGGCGGCGGCAGUGGCGGCGGGCAGGAGGUGGGGGCGGGGCCUCCCGACCACGGCGAGGGCUUGCAUUUUAACCGGGGAGUGUACUACAACACGUUCGGCGGCGGGCAGAGCGGACAGUUCAACGCUCACUUCUACAACAGCUUCAGUGUGAACAGCUUGAUCUUUCCCAGGGACGGGACUGAGCUCUAGGGGGACAAGGCUUCACCUGCUGGAAGACUCUCAGAGAAUCCCACUCAGAAUACGCAUCAAUACUCGAUACGCUUCAUAUUUCCCACAGAGAAGUCACAGCAUAGACUGAGCUGGAGUGUCUGAUUAUCAUCAGAGAGCAGAAAAAAAUGCAAAAUAAAACAAAACAAAAAAAAAAUCUUCUUUCACUUACACCUGAGCACCUUUUUCAACUAAACUUCAAUAUUGUAACAUCAAAAAGUAAAAUAUUUUAUAAACUUAAAUUGAUUUUUUACAACCAGAUUUAAAGUUGAGCCCAAACCUUCACAGUUCUAUAGGUUUUUCACCAUAAAAGGGCUUGUUCAUCACUAACACCAAGCUGCCAAAGUUGCCUAUGUGACACCAACAAUACCUCAGAACGACAGUCAUUUAUUACAGUGGCCCUCCAAGGGUUUGUAUUAUUUUGUUAGACAAAUGCAGUUAUGCUAAUAUGUUCACUCAUUUGCUUGCCUUAUGAACCAGGACCAGCUGAGAUUUUGGGAAGUUGUGAUUUCAAAAUCGUUCCUACAAUUUAAGUCCUUUAAUGACAUGGCAGAAAAAGCGCUGACCAGAGUUCUCACGGUUUUCAUAGCUGCCCCUCCCCAACAUGCUGCUGCACACUGCUCGUGAGCAGGCUGAGAAAGGAAACGCUGUGCUUCUCCCAAGUUGUACAAAAAGAAAACUUCUUGUUGCUUGGAAAUAAAAUAAAAACUUGA